AUGCUACCACUUGGACUGCGUGUGCAGGACAAGCUUGAGCGUUUAAUCGACAAACAUAUGCAAUCAGUCGGUGCAUCAAAAGUCUCCCUAUCAUCCAUAUCCUCCCAAGAGCUUUGGGAACAAUCUGGUCGUCUCAAGGAAGGCUCAGAGGUCUUCCGGUUUCAUGACCGAAAAGAAUCUCGGUUUCUUCUUGCUCCUACCCACGAAGAAGAGAUUACGACUCUGGUAGGAAGCCUUACCAAAUCCUACCGAGACCUGCCCGUCCGUGUAUACCAGAUAUCAAGAAAGUACAGAGAUGAAGCACGACCAAGGCAAGGCCUGCUUCGUGGGCGAGAAUUCAUGAUGAAGGACCUCUACACAUUCGAUUAUAAUGUCGAAGAAGCCCUGAAAACAUACAACUUGGUAAAAGCAGCAUAUAAAAAUCUGUUUGACGAACUGAAGAUACCAUACCUGGUCGCCGCUGCAGACUCGGGAAAUAUGGGCGGCAGUCUCAGUCAUGAAUUCCACUUCCCCAGCUCAAAGGGAGAAGACACGGUUAUCAGCUGCUCCCGCUGCGAUCAUGUCUACAACGACGAGCUUGCUGACGGAAAAGCUCACAACCUAGGCGAACAGCAGCCUCAUGCCGGCCAAGCAUCUGGGUUUGAUACCGAGGGAGCUACUGCCGAAUCGAGUCCAACAGUCUCCACCGACUUGUGGAUGGCAAUCUCCAAAGACAAAAAUACACUAGUGAGAGGCUGGUACCCCAAAUUCUCUAUGCAACAAACAGAACAAGAGCCGGUUGCUCGGGAAGUCAACUCUCAUGCAGCCAAGUCCAUAGCGACUGCCGCUGGAGUUGAUAUUGAACUUAGCGUAGAGAACCCGCUCGAACAGUGGGUCUCGCACGUACAGUCCAACAAGGCCCGUGGUGAUUCCAGCCCUUCCCAGCGCCCGCAAGUACUGGAUCUGUACGAUUCACAAGUACGCGUGUACAAGCGGCCGCCUCUGAGCGACCUUCUACAACAAGCCAGCUGCACUGCAGACGAAAUCCAGUACUCCAUGCUCAAUCGCUUCCCUGGAACAAAUCACGGGCUCAACCUUGUUAAAGUACAAGACGGCGACAAAUGCAUCAAGUGCACAGAGGGCUCGUUGAAGACUCACACCGCCGUGGAACUCGGCCACACCUUCCAUCUCGGCACUCGGUAUAGCGAAGUCCUACAGGCCUCCGUCAUGGUCGAUCAAUCUCUGUCCGGUGGCGCAGCUAAAGACCAACAAGUACCCAUGCAGAUGGGCUGUCACGGAAUUGGUGUCUCGCGCAUGAUCAGCGCUGUAGCCGACAACCUGGCAGACUCCAAGGGCCUCAACUGGCCCCGGGCAAUGGCGCCUUAUGAAGUGGUGGUUGUUCCCGGCAAGGGUCUUGAGACGGAGGCAGAGAAGGUGUAUGAUCUGUUGGCCUCCAAACAAAGCUCUCCCAUCGAUACAAUCCUUGAUGAUCGUGAAAAGCCGAUGGGAUGGAAGCUCAGCGAUGCAGACCUGAUCGGAUACCCUGUGAUUAUCGUCGUCGGCAAAGGCUGGAAGAAGCAGCAGACCCUUGAGGUACAAUGCCGUCGUCUAGACAACCUACGAGAAGAGGUACCACUGGAUCAGCUACCGGCCUUUGUCCGGUCCCUCCUUGAGCGCCUAUGA